CCUGUCAUAAGCCUCUGCUCCAUUUUCCCACCCGGAAAUCCAUUCGAAUUGUAUUGAUUAGGUGUUCAGCUUUUGAACGGAGUGGAUUUGUCGCACUGAACAACCGACUCACGUCAUUUUUCUCCAAAUUCUGAAUAAGAGUUGUGUGUAAAUCAAACACAAACAUUCCGCUAGUACUGGGUGUGGGUUUAAUCGAUAUGGAAAUGGGUGCUAGCACAGAGGAUGUAGAAAUAACUAAUAAUAGUGGUAGGCAAAACUCGUAUGGAAACAAUGGGCGCAAGGCAUGGAUUCCUAGGGGUAGAGGAAACCAUAUUCAAAACCCUAACCCUAACUUGAAUGGGCGCAGGGUUUGGACUCCUAGAGGUAGAGGUAGAGCAUGCAAGUGUGGACAUAAUUCAUCAGCUCAGGAUUUAAUGCUCCCCAUGAAUGACAGAAAUCAUCCUUCACAAUCUGUACACCAUAAGAGAUCAGAAAUGGAGGAUCUUGGACUUAUGAACAGGAGUAGUAGCCAGGAUUGGAGGUAUCACGUUCCAUCGUCAGAGGUUAAUGCUUGGCCACUUUUGAAGCAGGAAAGUGAGGAGGUUAUUCAUUUGGAGAGAUCAAACGCGCCAAAUCUUGUGCAGGAGAUUGAACGGAAGCUUCAAAAAAGCAAGGUGGAAUGCAUGAUUUGCUAUGAGAUGGUAGGAAAAUCAGCAACAAUAUGGUCUUGUAAUAGCUGCUAUGCACUCUUUCACCUACAUUGCAUAAGGAAGUGGGCACGAGCUCCAACUCCCAGAGAUUUGUCUGCUGGGCAAAGUCAGAGAUCGAAUUGGAGAUGCCCAGGUUGUCAAUCAGUGCAGUAUUCAAGACCAGAGGAUCUUCAGUAUUAUUGUUUCUGCGGAAAAAUGCAAAACCCAUACAAUGAUUUCUAUCCUUCUCCACACUCAUGUGGAGAGCCAUGUGGAAAAUCACUUGAUAAAGGGAAGGAAAUGUCUCGUUGCCCUCAUACUUGCACACUCCUAUGUCAUCCAGGCCCUUGUCCUCCUUGCACAGCAAUGGCUGCACCUCAGCCAUGCCCAUGUGGUUAAAAAACAAUUACAAGAAGAUGUUCCGAUCAGAAAUCAGCUGAAUCAUGUGGACAAGUGUGCGAGCAGCUUCUUACCUGUGGUCGACAUUUUUGUGAUAAAAUAUGCCAUGAGGGUCCUUGUAGUUCAUGCACUAUUUUAAUAAAUGCCUCAUGCUUUUGUGGGAAAAAAGAGAACAUGAUGCUUUGCCCUCUGUCACAUCGAGGUUGGUCUGAUAUUCAAACAGGUGACUAUGAUCCACAUUUAUGUCUUAUGCCAUGUGGGAAAAAGAUGAGAUGUGGUCAACAUUACUGCCAGGAACUUUGCCAUAGUGGCUACUGCCCCCCAUGUUUUGAAACUAAUUUUACUGAUCUCUCUUCUGCAUGUGGGAAGACAUCAAUUCCUCCUCCAGUGCCCUCCUUGCAUAGCAAGUGCUGCAAAAAAAUGUGUAGGAAGUCAUGUAAUCGUUAGAAAUGUUCUGUGUCGUUCACGAGAAAUAAGAUGCAAUAAGCUUUGUGGGAAAACAAGGCAAUGCGGAAUGCAUGCUUGUACUAGGACAUGCCAUCAACCACUACCAAAUGUUGCCAUGUCACACAUCU